AUGCUGACCGCUGUGCUUUGCGUCAAUUUGGGAACAAGAAAUCUGUACGGGACACAUCCGUUUUAUCUGGGGCUUGAAGAAGAUGGCAAGAGCCACGGUGUCUUCCUGCACAACAGCAACUCAAUGGAGGUGGUGUUGCAACCUGCACCGGCAGCCACAUUCCGGGCCAUCGGCGGCAUCCUGGACAUAUUUGUCUUCGUCGGCCCGACUCCGGCCAAAGUGGUGCAGCAGUACCAGAACGUGGUCGGCUUUCCCGCCAUGCCCCCCUACUGGGGCCUCGGCUUUCACCUGUGCCGUUUCGGGUACGGGACUCUCAACAGGACCCGCUUUAUAAUGGAGAAGAACAUCGAAGCUGGGAUUCCUCUGGACACGCAGUGGAACGACAUUGAUUACAUGGUACGGCAGAACGACUUCACCUACGACGACGAAAGGUUCAACGGCCUCCCAGACUUUGUGAAUGAUCUGCACGCUGGUGGCCGCCACUACGUCGUAAUUGUGGAUCCUGCUGUGAGUGGUUCUGAGCCACCUGGAACGUACCCCCCUUACGACCAGGGCAUGGAAAUGGACAUCUUUGUGAAAAACAUGUCCGGAGGCGUGGUCUAUGCAAAGGUGUGGAACGACAAGAGUAGCGUGUUUCCAGAUUUCUCACACCCAAAGGCCCAGGAAUACUGGGCUCAGCAGUUCAAGAACUUCCAUAACGUCGUUCCUUUCGACGGGGCAUGGAUUGAUAUGAACGAGCCGUCCAACUUCUACAACGGUCAUGCGGACGGUUGUCCGACAGCGGACAGGCUCGAUCAUCCCCCGUACGUUCCUGGCGGAGAACCGCUCUACACCAGGACGCUCUGCAUGAGCGACCGCCACCACAUCGCACCUCACUACUUCGUGCACAACAUAUACUCACAUUUUGAAGCCAAGGCAACUUACAAAGCCUUGGCAUCCAUCCGACGAAAACGACCGUUCAUCAUCUCUCGAGCGACGUCACCGGGACAAGCCGCCUGGUCGGGACACUGGUCAGGGGACAUUGCGUCUUCCUGGGAGGACAUGCGACUAAGCAUACCAAACAUGCUGAGCUUCGGAAUGUACGGCAUGCCGCUGGUGGGUGCGGACAUCUGCGGCUUCAACUCCAACACCACGGUGGAAUUGUGUGCACGCUGGCAGGCCCUGGGUGCCUUCUACCCCUUCUCCAGAAACCACAACACCGAUGACGGCUUGGACCAAGACCCUUACAGCAUGGGCCCCCUAGUGGUUGAUGCUGCCCGGAGCACCCUGCUGGGGCGGUAUACGCUGCUGCCGUAUCUCUACACGCUGUUCUACAGAAGUCACACAAUGGGCGAGACUGUCGCGAGGCCUCUCUUCUUUGAGUUUCCCGAAGACCCGAACACCUACAGCAUCGAUGAACAGUUCCUAUGGGGUCCCAGUCUGAUGUUCAGCCCUGCCUUAUACCCGAACCAGACUGAGGUUAACGUCUACAUUCCGGCCGGCGUGUGGUAUGACGUGGACCGAGGGACUGCCUACUCAGCGACGUCCGGGCGUUAUCAGGCAUUCCCUGCGCCCUUCAACGUUGUGAACACCCUGAUCCGAGGUGGAUCCAUCGUUCCCGGUCAUAAGCCGGCUCUUACAACAACCGAAAGUCGACAGAACCCUUUUGUUUUGCUGGUUGCACCUGACCGCAAGGGCACUGCACGAGGACACCUGUUCUGGGACGAUGGAGAUUCAAUCAAUACCAUAGAAGACGAUAAAUACAACAUUUAUGAGUUCUUACUAGUAAAGGACCUUCUUAUUAUCAGCCGGACGAAACGAGGAUAUGCGGAUAAUGUGACUCUGGGAAGAGUGAGGGUCUUCGGUGUCUCUACGGGGCCAACAACUGUUUCUCUUGAAGGCAGAAGCGUGAAGUUCGACUACAAUGAAACAACUGAGGUAUUUAACUUUCAUUGCACAAUACACAGUUUAAAAUGUGCUACACGUAACGUUGAUUGCAUUGAUUACGUACAGGAAACGUGUGUCUUAUACAAACGACACUGA